AUGAGGUGUGAACAAUCCCCUGCUUGCAUAGGACACCCCGGUGUUGUCCUCGCUGUGUGCGCAGCUGCAGCGCGCCGUAUAUAUAUACUGCAGCCCGCGCAGCGUCAGGCACAGCUCGCCAUCAUCACCGCCACCAUGAGGACCGCUGCACUGAUACUGGUAAUCGCCUGCGCUGGAUACAUAACAGGAUUCACUAUUUCUAAACCUGAUGUGGUUGGGGGUUUAGUAAAAAUUAAAGAUGGUCUAACUGACCUGUUACCUAGUAUAGACCCAGGAACCGCCACUGCACCAGCCCCGGCUCCCACCAACUCUACUACAAAUAGUACUGCGCCAGCACCCGCACCAGCCAUCAACGAUACGGCGCUACCAGUGAGCGCGGUGCCCUCCGGCAACCUGACUGAUGCUCUGGGCAACUUGACCAACAGCACAGACCCGGCAUCGGUGCCCAUAGGCGCGGUGCCAGUGCCCUCCGGCAACCUGACUGAUACUCUGGGCAACUUGACAAACAGCACAGACCCGGCAGCGGUGCCCAUAAGCGCGGUGCCAGUGCCCACCGGCAACCUGACUGGUGCUCUGGGCAACUUGACCAACAGCACCGACACGGCAGCGGUGCCCAUAAGCGCGGUGCCAGUGCCCACCGGCAACCUGACUGAAGCCGUGACCAACCUGGCCGGCAACGACACGGCGGCAGCACCCGCGCCCUAGUGCCGAGAGCGGUAAACUCGACACUUAACGUGUCGGUUCAAAGCUAUAAACUAA